AAACGGUUCUCUACCUGACCGCAGGAACUAAGGCGUCAUGGCGCUGUUCCGAGCCGCGGGACCCACGCUGUUUGACCAGGAGGAACCAACGGUUUGCAGUCGCCCACGAGCCAACGUCAAAGUUACAUAUGCAGACCGUCGACUUAAACGAGAGCUCUCAGCAGCACCGACACCGGAAACAGUUUUGCAUUGCUUGGACAAUGUGACGGAACCAUCAGAGGAGGCGACUGGAGAUGCCUCUGAUGGUAAAAUACCUCCGUUACACGCUGAAGAAAAGGAUGGCGCACGCAACAAGAAGGCUCGAUUGCAAGGCUGUAAACCCAUAACGAGCUACUUUCCCGCGCCACAAAGGCAGGAACAUUCAUCUCCUGCACGAUUGGGCCCUUCAUUGGCGCGAGAAAAGGGCACAGCCGUCAAGGAGGACGAAAAUCGACAAUAUCUUUCUCAACCAGAUCCAGCAAGUGGAGCAAAACCCAAGCUCCCCAUAACAGAGAAGAAUAACACACAACAGCGAAAAGGAGGACCUUCCAAAUUUUUAAGCACCAAGCCCCCGAUCAUAAAGUAUGAACAACUGUUCCUAGAUCUGGGACAAAAGGAUACGGGAUUAGUGACUUGUCCGGAUUGCGGUAUGGCCUUUUCUAAAGCGAAGGCGGAAGACGAUGCUCUACAUCAGAAAUAUCAUCGAGCUGUCGUUAAUGGUGUUGAAUGGCCGGGCUACAAAUCAGAAACAGUGGCAUGCGAGUUUGCCGACAAGUCCCAGAUUAUUGUUGUGACCAAUACUUCUGCAAAGCAAUUGAAAAGCAAGGCAGCGGCGAUUGUUUCACUUGUUAACAACGAAUUGGGCUCAAUCUCAACGGACGUACCUAUCGGUUGCAAAAUAUUCUUAUAUAUCUCCGCAGGCAAGCGUAUACAAGGAUGCGUGGUAGCGGAACCAGUAAGUAGCGCUUGCAGAGUGAUGCUUGCAAGCGAGACAAUUGGGGAUGAUGGAAAGGAGAUCUCUAUUCAAAUGAAUGGUAGUGUUGCCGUCAGACGUGAUGUGACGGUCGAGGUACUGUGCGGCAUCAGUCGCAUAUGGGUGUUGAAGAGCGAGCGACGUAAAGGAAUCGCAUCAAAAUUGCUGGAUGCCGUCAGAGCGAAAUUUCUUUUUGGAUGUGUGUUGGACAAAGGCUCCAUUGCUUUUUCGCAGCCUACCGGAGCCGGCAAGGCGCUUGCUGAGCGCUAUUACCGUCGUUCAGAUUUCCUAGUAUAUGAUGGUUGAUGUUCUCUCAUAUGCCAUACCAAGUUGGCCAGAAAGAGUUGUUUGCUUCCUGCUCAAACUUUGUGCAUAGAUAGACCUUUUUUAUUGUAACGAACACUUGUACAUAAAUUGCAUGAACAUGUUUUUCAUCCUGUCCUUUGCCG